AUGAUCGGAGCAAUCGGCAUCGGCGGUUCAGCGAUCAUGUAUUCACUCUUGGCGGGUCGGAAGAAGGAAUCUCGUGGUGGAAAGCAGGAGAAGGGGCCAACGGGGACAGUAGAGGAAUCGCCGCCCGAGCCCGGGGAGGGUAAACCCAGGGAAGAAAGCAAAGCCACUCAAGCUGCAGCAGAGAAGACAGCGGAGGCAAAAUCGCAGGGCCAGGAAACGAAGCGGACGAAGCCUGAGUUGCAGAAUAUUCCUCCUUCACAGGUGGAUCAGCCCAGUGCUAUGAAAUCGCCUGGUGGAUCGGCCACUAUGUCGGGCAAGCAAGAGGGCCUCUCGAACGCAGAUACGUCGCACCCAUUCCUCACCAGCCCCGAGAAGAGCCGCAAGAGGGAGGGCGACACAGAGACAGCCAAGUUGAAGGGGACGGUUUCGACGGACAGGUAG